GGAGGCCACACAGACACACACACACACAUUGACCAUUCACCAAGUUUGCAACCUAAAUGCAUUCAACAAAAUGUAGAAUGGUAUCGAAAACGAAUCAAAUAUAAUAAUCAAAUAUAACAAAAUGGUGUAUGUAGGGCUAUGUUUGUAUUAAUUCUGAAAUAAUAAGCCGCCCAUGCGUCGCUAUGCGUAAAGGUUUGGCUAAAUCGUCGUUAGAAUGAGAUCUCCUUUCACCCUUGAAAUUCACAAAAUAACUAAAAAAGCUCAUGUUUAAGAUUAAUUUCCUCGAGUACCCCGACAUAACUCUAAAUUUGGGAGUUCAAACAGCGUUAUACUCAGGUGAAAAAUGUAAAUCUCUUUGUCUGAGUCCAUUUGAAAGAAGGUUACAACAAACCUUCACAAUAGAAUUAGCAAGGGGGUUAGACAGAUUGACGGACGUCUGAAUUCAACCAUGGGAAUUAUAUGGCAUCUAUUGGCCUAUAUUUCUUUGAAAUGAUAUUUGUGCUCUCAAUAAUCCCACGUUGUUUGACUGACAGCGAUAUAGGCAUAACGCCAUAAAUAGCCUACUAGUAGGAUAUAGAAGACGACUUGCCCAUUUCAGCAACUUCAGCAACUAUACCACUUCAUCUGUUAAAAAACAAUAUUGAAAUAUGAACUUGUCAUAGCGGAAUUAUUUAGCAUACUUAACAAACGGAGGUGGAGGUACAAUAGUAUGGUAAUCAACGGGGGGUUUGAGAGGGGGUGUCAGGGGGUGGAAUAUCCAUUUUUAUUGCAUCACCUGUCAGCGGCGUCCAAUAAGCUUCGAGUCUGAGGGCAUUAAUUGAUGAAGGUGUCUCCGGGCUCGUGCACUUCCCCUCUGUCAUUUUAUUUGUGGCUAACCCUGCAGCCAGGAUAGCAGCUGCAUUUAGGCUCUUAUUCGCUCUCUCUCUUUCCCUCCCUCCCCCUCUCUCUCUCUCCCUCCCUCCCUCCCUCUGUAGCUCGCUCCCUCUCCCUACCCCUCUCUUCUCUUUUUUAUCCUCUCGUUGUGGCAGUGGUAUACACCUUCCUGCCGUGCUGCCGGUCAGAGGGAGUGAGCCGGAGAGGAGAGGCAGGUAGGGGUUAGCAGACAGUCAGCAGCCGGCCUGACGGUACAAUCUCUCGCAUUCCUCCACCAUGCCUGGUCCGGGGCAGGGCCUGAGGACAGAUGCUGUGAACCCAUCCGACACCGCUCCAUUUAACUCUGCAUCUCAAAGUUUGCCUGUCCAUGACAGCGUGGAGGUACUAGGACGCAUCAGCAGCGGCCGACUGGCGCGUCAGAAUGCCUUGAGCUCAAAACAAGGAGUUUAUUCCUUUUUCUUUUCAUAGCUGCACGAGGACAAUUGAUCGAGAUUAAUGCUUGGAUUAUUACAAUAGAGAGGGAAAAGCAACAUGGGAGACCUGAAGUGUGGGUUUGAAGAGAUGCAGGGAGUGAGGCUGGGAUACCUGCUGAUAAAAGGAAAACAAAUGUUCGCCCUCUCCCAGGUCUUCACUGACCUACUGAAAAAUAUUCCCCGGACCACCGUGCACAAACGCAUGGACCACCUGAACGUUAAAAAACACCACUGUGAUUUGGAGGAGCUGAGAAAGCUCAAAGCAAUAAAUUCUAUUGCUUUCCACGCGGCUAAAUGUACUCUGAUAUCACGGGAGGAUGUGGAGGCGCUUUAUUUCUCCUGCAAAACGGAACGCGUGUUAAAGUCCAACAAAAGAAAAGCAAAGGCCAGUUUACCCGAGGAUCUGGGCGAGGGCAAGCUUCACGCGGACACGCACCCUACCGGGUUAUGGAAGGAGAAAGUUUGGUUAAGUUUACACAGCGUGCCACAGACUCUUUCCCUCAACAAAUCCGGCAAGAGAGAGCAACCAACCUCGCGCCCCGACUCCAAUCUACCUCAAAUUUACAAUAAAUCCCUCGGUCAGGAUUAUUCCGUUGUCACCAAGUCAGCAUGUAAACCUUUUAAAAACUAUGAAACAGCUCAAAUACCGGGCAAUUGCGUCGCAUUUAGCCAGAGACAUUCGUUUUUCCGGAGCGUGGUGAGCCGGCAACCACUGUUGUUUCAGUCCGCCAUUGCUGCUCAGUCCAGGCUCUCUGCAACCGGCGACCUACUUCACAAAAGGAAGAGGAGGCGCGAGGGGGGCGGCGGCAGGGAUAUGGGCAGCAGCGGCGCGAGGCAGUCAUGGAGCAGGAGCAGACACACACACUCACACACUUACUCUCACACACACCACCCGGUGCUCCUCGUGCAGCCCAAGUGCUGCAGAAAGCCCAAAACACACUACAACCACAACCGGACAACUCUGAGCCAUUUUGACAUUGGACACGAGUUUUACCUCGACCACCACGCUCACCAUCAUCGUCACCCGCAUCAACAUGUGGGGGGGUUCCCGGAGAGCUACAGCAGUGACACGGAGUCCAGUUGCUACUCAGAGCGCCUCAACAACGACUCCGACUUCGGCUCCAGUUUAUCGACCAGCAGCAAUUCUGGGACCUCUGAUGAGGAGGAUGAAGAGGAGAGCCCAUUGGAGAGCUCUGAGGUCAGUUCUGAUGAGGAGAGUUCAUCUCAGUCUGAUAGCAGCUCUGUGUCCAGCCAAGUGUCUGUCCAGUCUAUCCGCUUCAGGAGGGCCCGGUUCCCCUCUCUCAACACCACCAAAAAUAUCACCACUAGAACUCUGCCUAAUGCUCAAUCUCUCUCCACAACUCUCUCCAGCACUAGAAAUCAGUCGAACUCUAGAACUCUAUCAAACAGUAGAACUCUCUCGCACACUAACGCACCUUUGCUCCUGCAGCCUACCUUCCACUACAGCCACCAGCAGCAGCCAUCUAAACCGGUGGGCCAGUUUGGAACCAGCCAGGUGGACUAUGACAUUCCGAAGAAACAACCGAAAUAUGACUUUACAGCCAGGGAGGCCAAGCAGGACACACACACACACAGGCUCAGCUCGCCUGUCACCCGGGGGAGUUAUUUCACUAAGAGGAGAGACAGGAAGGUUCCUGAGUCCCAGGUCCAGACCCAACGAGAGAUAAAGCGAACCGAGCCUGUGUCCAGAAAAGUGUACGCACUGAGCCCCUCACCUAACACCAACGGGAUAAAAGCGGUUCUUCCACACAGGACAACGGGACACGCAAAAAAAAUCCUCCCAGUCCUGAGCUCACACUCCGCGCCUGACAAAGACACAAAGUACCCCAAGCCUACAAACAACAAGCUUUCAUUAGCUACAAAUCUAAAAAGUGAGGUGAGAAUCAGCCCCAACCUGAAACUGCCCUUUCUGCUCAAAACCAUUAAGGCCGAGCCGGAGGAGCUAUCAGUGGCCUCGGGUCCCCUCUCCGAGCGCAGCAGGGCGGUCAAGACUCCCCCCUUCAACCUGCAGAAUGUGAAAAUCAAAGUGGAGGAGAGCUAUGAUGAAUACGAAUACUACAGCCAGGCCUCUGGUUUCCAAUGCAAAGGAGACGAGGCGGAUAUCAACAAUGGCCAAUACCACGGCGGCGACAUCAAACAAGCUGCUGGCUGUUUUAACAACGAGACCAAAGCCAUUGAAAGUUCUGCUGGGGCUCCCAAGUCCUCCUCCGGCUUGCAGGAAUGCGGGAGCACUCAAGACACCCCUUGUCCUGAGGAGGGGGAGUAUAAAAACGGAGUUGGGGUCAGGAAAAACUGCAGGACUCUGGUUCUGGGGAAGGAGUCUGGAAUGUCGAGGGCGCAGGCGAAACAGAACGUGUCCAAAGUUGACAGGACUUUAUCUUCUCGUCCCGUGGGCAAAGCUGAGAUUUGUGAUGCAAAUACUGAGGAUCUAACAGGGGCGACUAAACGAAAACGCGCGUCCAGUAAUGUAGCAGCCCCUCUGAAGAGGCCUUUCAGCUUCAUGGCGAAUUUCCCCGCUCCUCCGUCCCUGUUAGUGGGCAGCGACGGGGAUUUAAGCCCUGCUUACUCUCUGAACUCUCUGGGGGGACCCCGAACUCCCCCUCGCUCUCACCCCGUGUGGCGAUGGCAGCCUGGCGGUCUGCCUGUCCCUCCCCCACCCGCUCAGAGAAUCAGGAAAUGUUCACGUUUUUUUCUUUGACAAAAACAAGAGAAAGAAAAAACACCUGGAUGGAAACCUACGUUGACUACAACUUGAGUCUUAAACUGAAUGGGAGGCUCUAAUGGCUUGCGUCCUUCCGUUGUUUUUAUUUAAAUUGUAUCCUUUAUAUGAUGUAGUGGAUUUAAAACGUUCCUCGUUGUGGAGUUAUAGAUCAGUUAUAUAUACUGCUAUUCUCCAUAUCGCGAGGACCAUAUUUGAGACUCUAUACCCAUGCCACUGGACGAUCCCUCCUCAUGGAUUUAUUCUGACUAACUCUCAACAAGCCAACUACCAUAAGCAAUAGGCUACACGGUUUGGCAAAAUGGGUUUACAUGACUUUCUCUCGGAUCUAUUUUCUCUUCGCCUUGACGCUCGAGCGGUUGGAUUGUACCAGGGUUUCAGUGAAGUAAACAUUUUGUUGUGCUGUAGGCCUACUCCCUUUGUGGUGAGAGAAAGAGAGGGGGAGACUCCCUCUCAUAAAAAUCACAGCACUCCUAUAUGUUGGUCUUCUUUACUGUAUUUUUUUCAGCUUUAACUUGGGUAAAAUUGUGUAAAUUCAACAGAUUCAGGGUUUUCCUUUGGUAACAUGGUUAGGGCUACUACUAUUGUCUGUCACAUUAGUCCUAUUAUGAGCCGUGGUUGUUUUUUUCACUAUAGGAUUUUUAAAACCUUGUAGAAACCCUCGUUUCAAUUUUUAUUUUAUGCUUGCCAGAGUUUGGGUAAAUUUUAUCUAAAUUUUAUGUAAUUCAGAUAACUGUUUUUGAAUUCGAUUUCAAAUGUCAAUUAAUUUAUCAAAGCAAGUCCUAAUUCAUAAUGUUCUUUGGACAGGCUAUAUUGAAAUAGGAAGAAUUGUGUGGGAAAUUACCAUUACUCUGGUCUGGCUGAUGCUUGCAGAUUUUCAGAGUGUUUGUGAUAUGGUUUCCAGCGUUGUUUGUAUUUAUGAGAGUAUUUCCUGGUAAACUUAAGUUUGGCUGUAGUCAGACAGCCGCCAGCACCCAUAAAGGCCCCAAAACACUGCAGGCCUUAUGUACAGACAAUCACACAGAGAGAGACGGCCCAGGCCUGACACAGAUCAAGCCUUUCAGUGAAAAAUCACACGUCCUGGACAGCCUUGCCUUUUUUAGCAUUUUGGUGGGACAUGUUCCUUAAUAUUACACGUUUAUUUGUCAAUUAAAACAUUCGCAAUGUCAUACACGAAAAAAAGCAUGAGAAAAACAGUGAAAAUUACACCCCUGUCCAAGACGCCGGCCUAAUACCAGUUUAGGGUUUGCAUCACACUUAAACAAAAACCCAAACACACCAAAACGAUGUCUUACAACACACCGAGCCUAAUGUAAUUUAAUUUAGAAACAACACAUGAAAGCACAAGUGGUAGGCCUACAUGCUUUGCACUUUGACACACUCUAGGGUCCCAUUUCCGCUUGAUGAUUGUAGGAUAGCCUACAUUAUGAGAGAAGUUCAAAUAAAAUAAAUGUAAGAUAAGGUAGCUACUAGCUUAUGUCCACUUAAAUAUUUCAUCUAAAAUGUAUAAAUGUAUAAUUGGUUAUUUGUGGCCAUCCACAUGAGGUUGAAUUAUUUUCUAUUUGGGUCAACAUGGUAUUAGAGCAGUUUAUCAGUUGUUUAUUGUAUCCUUACAUCUGCAAGAAUGAAUAAAAUGCCCAGCACAGCGCGUUGCUGUGGAAUAGUUAGCUAUUAGCUCGAUGGGUAAAUGCAUAAUUAUCUGUUCAAUUCUGCUGUGAAGUCUACGGUGCUGAAUUGACCUGGGAAAAUCUCAAGCCAUACAAAAUUAUUAAAAUAGACUAUACAGUCAGUCGAAAAUGUAGGCCCAAACACAAAGCUGAUUGUGUCCCUUUGUUAUGAAAGCAUUGCACUCUGUUUUCCACAAAGGCCAUGUCCUUCUCCAUGUCUCCACUUCAACUGAUAUAGUCUCUACGCUGUUUUCUCACAUGAAUCAAGUCAGAAAAAUAUUUUCUAAUGUUGCCACAUAAACAUGUAUAAAUCUAGCCUUUACAUAUGGACGCGUGAUGAAUGUAUAGGCCUAUAUGUCAAACUUUUUUCAUUGAUCCUAUAUCCUUAUGUUGCUAAUUAAUAAACUAAGAAUAGACCAAAAAAUACAAAUUAAAUUCAGUCAAAUUUAACUGAAGUUGCACCUAAAUAUCGAUAUUUUUCCACCAACGUAAAAUGUUGAUUUGGUGAAGUUGUGGCUAAGAAUGAGCUUUUCUCCCUGUGACAAAGAGAGUCCGAGCCAGCCUGGCACAUAACCACAAACAACAUGCCUGAUGAUGUCAGGAUUCUCACAUCAACAUCAGCAGCAAAGACAGAAACAAAAGCCCAUUCGAUUGGUGAUUGUAGUUAAGAGAGAAAAAAGCGCCGUUUCACACAAUGCUCAGAGUUUGUAUAGAUUGAUCUGUGUGUGACAUGCACCUCUACCACCCCAAGCCUGUGGGCUUCCCAUACCAUAGUGCGCACUUCCCUUGUAGCGAAGGUAGAGAAGCACUUAAAAAUGGCACAUUUGCCUCCAAACUAAACACAGCCAUUUUAAUCUCCAUUUGAAAAUGACGUAAUCUCUCUCCAACCUAGAGGGAGUUAUGGGGAGGGGAGGGAUGGGAUUCAUAUGCUGCACGAGGGAAGCUUCCACCGCGUAAUCCCCGCGUCAAAGUGUACUGGGCCAGAGGAGGGAUAUACAACCCAGCGUUUAGAGAGGACACACACACACACACACACACAGACAUAUACACACACACACACUUCCCGUUGUAGGUACUCGCCAAUUCUCACGCCGAUCACAGAGAACAUCACCCGGGCAAGGAGUUGGUGGUAGAGGCGUUUAGGGAAGACUAAAAGAGCUCUGACAGUGACGCUAUCAAUGUAAAUAAUUGCAUGGUGUAGCAGCUCGAGGCUCAGGGCUCUUUCUCGUUCUCCCUCUCUUUCUCGUUCUCCCUCCCGCUUUUUCUCUCAGCUCCAAUCCUUAUCUUAGCUUUUUGAUACAAUACUUGAUUGAGGUCAGGGUUUUGACAUGAACUUUGAAGUCACUGGCUGUUUAUAUAAAAAACGGAAUAUUUAUUUUUGUGAAUUACUGGGUUUUGUAUAUCAUUGUUGUUUAGGAUAAUGCACUCGAAAUGAAAACCUUGAAUGUUGGAUUUCUGAAGCACUUUCCCUUUCUUCCGAGUUAUGAAUGACUCAUUAAAGACAUCUGAGUGUGAGUGAC